UACAGUUUCAGUGGCGCCAGUCGAUGAAGGAGGGAAGUUUGUCUGACAAUCUGGCAGCUGUUUACAUGUUUUACUUCCUUCUGUCACCUUCUAGUAAACAUCUGCACGGAAGGAGAUGAGUGGUGAGCAAUCCAGGAGAGGCUCAUGGAGGGGUGGCAGUGGAGGAUGGCGAGGAGGACGGGGUGGCGGAGGAUGGAGAGGAGGAGGGGGUGGCGGAGGGUGGAGAGGAGGAGGAGGGGGUGGCGGAGGAUGGAGAGGAGGAGGUUGGCGAGGAGGAGGAGGAUCAGGGGAAAGGGGAGGAUGGAGAGGUAGACCUUGGAGAGGAGGAGGGAGAGGCACAGGGGGAGGAGGAGCAGCAGCAGGAAGAGGAGGUAGUGGAGGAGUGGGAGCCCGUACCACCAGCAGCCAGAGGGGUCUCUGUCAGUCCACUCUGGACAGACUGUGUCCCUACAAAGGGUGGGCCCUCUACUUCAAUGAAGGCUUCAUCGAGAGCUCCCCCUGCAGGGAGAAGAUUACAGUGUUUGAAAAAUAUUUCACUUCCAAGAUUCACCUUUAUGACAAGGAUGAGAUUGAACGUCAGGGCAGCGUGCUGGUAGAUUAUGAGGACCUGACUAGAGAUGGGAAGGUGCGUGCGGCGCUCCCUGACCUGUCCACUCAGCUGAGGGAACAGCCAGAGGUGAUCCUCAACUGUUUGGGAGUGGCCAUUCACCAGGUGUUGACUACAGACCUAGAGAAACAGGCUGCUGAGCUGCAGGGGGAGGAGCUUCCUGUCGCUACACCAAUCAUCAGCAUACCUCACAUCAGCGCCAGGCUGUAUAACUAUGAACCUGUGACUGCACUGCGGACUCUGCGGGCCAGUGUGUUUGGGCGGCUGGUGUGUGUGAGGGGCACGGUGGUCAGGGUGAGCAACAUCAAACCUCUCUGUACCCGACUGGCCUUCCGGUGCCUGGGAUGCUCACACAUACACUCUCUGCCUCUGUCGCAUGGAAAAUUUGCAACACCCACCAAGUGUGUCCAGCCGGAGUGUCGCAGUCGUUCUUUCACCCCCAUCAGGAGUUCCCCUCUCACAUUCACUGUAGAUUGGCAGACCAUCAAGGUGCAGGAGUUGAUUGGUGGAGAACAGAGGGAAGCUGGACGAAUCCCACGCACCGUAGAGUGUCACCUGACCUCCGACCUCUGUGACAGCUGUGUCCCUGGAGACACUGUCACCGUGACAGGAAUAGUUAGGGUUACUAAUGAUGGCACUUCCAGAGGGAAGGACCAGUGUAUGUUCCUCCUCUAUAUUGAAGCCAAUUCAGUCAGCAACACUAAAGGAGGUCAACAGUCGCAGGUGGGAGGUCAGUCGGGGUCGUUUGGAGGUCAAACUGGAGGGGAGGAGUUCAGUCUGAAGGAACUGUAUGCCAUCCAGGAAAUCCAAUCACAGCCUGACUUGCUGAGGCUCAUAGUGCAAUCUCUGUGUCCUGCCAUCUACGGCCAUCUGCUGGUGAAAGCUGGCCUUGCCUUAGCCUUGUUUGGUGGCAGACAGAAACAGAUGGGCCGAAACAGCAUCCCUGUCAGAGGAGACCCACACAUCCUGGUGGUGGGAGACCCUGGGCUGGGGAAGAGCCAGAUGUUACAGGCAGUUUGUAAUGUGGCUCCCAGAGGAAUCUAUGUGUGUGGCAACAGCACCAGCACCUCAGGCCUGACAGUGAGUUUAUCCAGAGACCCAACAUCAGGGGAUUAUGCUUUGGAGGCUGGAGCUUUGGUACUGGCUGACCAAGGUCUGUGCUGCAUUGAUGAGUUUGAUAAGUUGGGUAACCAGCAGCAGGCUCUUUUAGAAGCCAUGGAGCAGCAGUCUGUGAGUCUGGCCAAGGCUGGAAUAGUUUCCUCCUUGCCUGCCAGGACCUCGGUCAUUGCUGCUGCGAACCCCACUGGAGGACAUUACAACAGAGGCAAGACUGUCUCUGAAAAUUUAAAAAUGGGUUCGGCUCUCCUCUCUCGUUUCGACGUGGUCUUCCUCCUUCUGGACAUUCCAGAGGAGUCACAUGACCGCCGCCUGUCAGAGCACGUCAUGGCAACCAGGACAGGAAGAGGUGGGGCCAGCAGCGCCAUGGUUACCAGGGCUAACAACAGCGAAGCAAGCACCUCCGUGCUACUGGAACACUGUGACACCCCCCUGUCUGAACGCCUGCAGAUCCCUGCAGGUCAGUUUGUGGACGCCAUCCCCGCAUGCUUGUUGAGGAAGUACAUCAGCUAUGCCCGUCAGUACGUCCAUCCCUCUCUCUCCCCCGAGGCAGCGAGCACGCUUCAGGACUUCUACCUGUCGUUGAGAUCCCAAUCACAGUCUGCUGACGCCACACCCAUCACCACGCGACAGCUGGAGUCUUUAAUUAGACUGACUGAGGCCAGAGCCAGGUUAGAGCUAAGAGAGACGGCUUCCAAGAGUGACGCCGAAGACGUGGUGGAGAUCAUGAAACACAGUCUGGCAGAUACGUACUCAGACGGUCUGGGCAGUCUGGACUUCCAGCGCUCUCAGCUGGGGUCGGGCAUGAGUCAACGCAGCGCUGCAAAACGAUUGGUCAACGCACUGCACUCGCACGCUCUGAGGACCAACCAGAAGCUGUUUGAUCUACAGCUGCUCCGAUCCGUGGCCGACAGACUGAAAAUACAGGUGUUAGACUUUGAGGGGCUGAUCAGUUCCCUGAAUGAACAGGGUUUCCUGCUGAAGAGGGGACCGAAAAUGUACCAGCUACAGACCGUCUGACCGCUCACACCACAACACACACAGGCUACACAGCCGCUGCUAACUGCAGACCCAACAACACGGCAAGUUUUCACUCUGAAUGAACGAGUUAUGAGGCACUGUCUCAAGAAAACUGCAACAUCAGAUCACAGUUCCUCCUGGUGAAGAAAGCUACCAAACAACACCAACAGACUGUCUGAAUACCAGCACCAGAGACUCUUUCUCGAGACCUUACAGCGAGCUCAGUGUGAAUAAACAGUUUCCCUGCUGCUGAAGAGGAGCCAAGCAGCUACAGACCAUCUAACUACAGACCCUGCAAGUCUGACAUGGACGUCAUGCCAAAGACAGGAACCAAGAGCAGCCAGCGACAGAGCCUUAAAUGCUCAGAGGAGUGAUGAUCGCUGCUACAAUGUUGUGCAUUUAUUGACAUCCAGAAACCUAAUGCCAAGUGUGGUUUGACAAGGACGACUUGAUUGACUAAUAAACUGUGAGAAACAGUGGCCUAAACACACACCAGUAGCUAAAAAAGAUGGAUAUGCUGGCUCAUAAAGUAAAAAUAAGAACACUGGACCAAGGUGGCUUAACUGAACAGAUAGACCCUGCCUUCAGUGUGCACACACACACACACACACACACACACACACACACACACACACACAGAAGAUCACUGAAGACGCAAUUGCAGCAGUUCUGUUUGAAGCAAAAUGUUUGUGUUCUUCUUAAAUGGCAUGUUCGACCUUUUGUUGUCCUCUCAUUUUCUGUUUCAGCGUUAGUGUUCGAAGUUCAAAGUUAAAGUUGGAUUCAUGACAGAGGAGAGGGAGAUUGGCUUGAUGGUUUUGACUUAUGCAACUUAUUUAUUGAAUGAAAUUGUUACUCAGUGAAUAGGUGAUUCUGUUUUACUGUACAGUAAUUAGUAGCUCAUUGACUUUGCUUUUUAUACAGAUGAACCUGUUUUGAAAGUGUAAUUUACUUGCAUGGCUUUACUUCAGUAUUGAUUUAUGUGGGUAUAUAAAGAGAAAAGCGUCCACAUCUACAACUCCGAGCUCCUUGGGACAGACUGGUUUCACUGUAAGCGUCUGCAGCUUGUCCUCUCUCUGCAGAGCUGUUUCCUGCACACUCAUUAACACCCAGCUGCUAAGUAAAGGUCAACACAGUGAAAAUUAAUUAUCUGGGGUUGUGCCUCAUCUAAUACCAAUACCGAGCAAGAUACUUAUUGUCAGUGCUCAGGGGGAUUUGUUUCUUCUCUUUUUUGUUGUCUCAAUGACUAUUUAACCUGCUGUUUUGUUAUUUUUGUACAGCAAUGACUUAUUUGUCUUGGAAACAUUCAGUAUAAAUAAAUGUCUCCACCACUGGUGAAAUCCAGGUGAUUGACGUGUUAUUUACCCUGUAAAGAAAAGCUGGAUAAUGA